AUGGACUAUUCGUUAUCGCUGAUGUACCAUUAUCCAGAUGCACGGGGUGUUAUUGUUACACUUAUACGUAGUACCAAUCGUUCUGUUUUCUUGACUAUCAAUAUGAUUCAUUCGGUGAUGCAUUUCCAUUCGAUUCGACCCAACACUUCCUAUCCAUUUCUCAUCUUCCACGACCACAACUUUACUUCACAAAUGAAACAACACAUUAUCUCAUGUACAACCAAAUACUACAAGCAGAUCAACAUCUCGUUUCUACUCAUCGACUUCACAACAUCAGUUCGACCAACAAACACUUCACAACUCGACAAGUCUAUGGGCUAUCGUCUGAUGUGUCGAUUCUGGACAUAUGAUGUGUUUUAUCAUCCUGCAGUACGAGAGGGUGGGUAUGAAUAUCUGAUGAGAAUGGACGACGACUCGUAUUUUGCUGGUAAUACGAAAGAAGAUCUGUUUGUAUAUAUGAAGAGAAAGAACCUGGACUAUGGAUAUCGAGCGUUGUAUUCCGAGCCUAUCAAACCAUUGAAACGUCUUUUAAGGCAGUUAUUCGGCAAGAAGCCUAUCAUUAUAAAUUGCAUCUAUAACAAUUUCUUCCUGAUUCGUUUGAAAUGGUACUACGAAUCAGAGCUGGUACAAAGCCUUAUAAACGAAUUAGUAAAAGGUGAUUAUAUCCUUCGAGAAUAUAUCGGUGAUGGAUGUGCACAUGGAAUCAUGCUCAAAGUGGACGAACAAGUUAAAAGCAAACGGCUGACUUUUCUAGCUUAUGGCCACAACUAUCAUCUAAUGCGGUCGAGAGAAAAUUCUUGGAGAUUUAAAGUUGUGGAACGUUUCUACGAAGAAAUAGAAAAUUCUUGCCAUCAGUUAACUAUUAUUGAUAGAUCACAGGAACGCUUGAAACGAAUGAACAUAUCUACGUAA